UGGCAGAAAGAGAAGGGCAGGGAGUUGUAAACCCAACGCCUUAACUUGGGACUGCACACGUGUUGUUUUAAACUGGCGGUGAAGCCGCAGCCCGUCUUUUGUUGUGCUACGUUUUUGUAGCAGUUCGUUUCCAAGUGAGACCAGAUACAUGCAAAGACUGUGUAGCUCCUAAAAUUAGCUAAUGGUCACUGCUGGCGGUUGGAGCAUCUGCAAACAUUAUGCCACUGCAUUGCUGACAGACAUUUUUCGACGAAACACAAACUAAGACUACAUUACCCAAGCUUCUCUCUGAGUCUACAAACUCGGGGUUAAAGGGCGAUAAAAGUCAAAGCCGUCUGCUUCUACGGUUGGUAUAUCAAAGAUUAAAAGAAAGUCAUAAUUUUCAGAUUUGAGCAUGGCAUCAGACGGAUCAGGAGUGCUCUCGGAUUCAUCAGAGGAGCCCAGAGAUGAUGGAAUCCCCCUGACAGACACACCCAGUCCAGUGGCAGGGGUCCCAGCUGACCCUAAGAGUGGUGAAGACAACCUUCGAGCCACAGCAGAGUCAGCAGAGCGGGACGAGGAUGGAGUUAAUGUGUGCCAGUUUUUCCUGAUGGGAAAGUGUCAUUUUGGACACAGAUGUCGUUUGUCUCACAGUGAUCCAUCACCAGAUGAUUCAGGGGCUGUGUCUCCUGACCAGGAUGACACGCCAGAUGGAGAAAAGGUGGAAAAACACAAGAAGAAGAAAGGCAAAGUGAACAAAGCAAAAAAGCCAGAAUACAACGAGGGAAAAGAAGUGAAUAAAAAGCCUCGUAUGCGCACAGCUGAUGACGUUAUCUCGCGGAUCCUGUGGGACCCCUCAGUGGAUGCAUCAGAAUUUGUAGUGGGCUAUGUGGAUCGCUUCCUUGGUGUGCUGGAGCGCCCCUUCUGUGACUUCAGCUGGGAUACCAACCCCUGUGACUGUGAUUACUCUGCUGAACUGGCCCUGCCCAGACACAGGAUCCAGUACUUCACCUACAGAGGGCACCGUGUCUGGGACCGCCACAGCAGAACUGACAGGGUGUUUGGCUCCACCGGUCAAUCUCUGGCUCCCCCCUUUGGAAGGGAGGAGGAAGUAAAGGAAAUGAGCACUGAAGUCCAUGAGCACCAACAAGACUUCCUUAAAACAACAGGGGAGCAGCCACCUGCUGUCAGUGGGCAGGAAGAGAGUGAAACAGAAGAGUGUACUCACACUGAGAGCACACAUCUGGAGGAAGAGAAGCAGAAUGAGAUGGAUAUCCACACCCCUGACUCAAGACAAUCAGCUCCAAAGUGUAAAGGAAACGUCUCUCAGGAACAACAGGAAUCACGCAGAGCAUGUGUUGUGGAGGAGGCUGCAAAUAGACUUAAGGCCUCAACAGACAAAAUGUUCUCAACCCAAAAAGAGGGAGUGACUGUAAAAGAGGAGGGAGAGAAAGAGACUUUGGCAGAAUGGCAAGAAAGCUGGGAUGGCAAUGCAGACGAUUUGAAUUCUCUUGGAGCCCUGAACAUUAGCCAGAAUCCAUCAGCACCUCUGGAGCAGAGAGAGGAAAAACGUGGUGGUCGGCCGCCUAAAAAACGACCCACACACUUUGUCACCUUCAGGGCCAACACUCCUGCUAUCCUCUCCUGUUUCCAGCAGCUGCAGGAGGAGAUCACCUCCCUUUUACCAUCUUCUGCCCCUCACUGGAAGACCCUGUCCAGCCUUCAUGUCACUCUCUGCCUCCUGGUGCUACACAGCCCAGCUGAGGUGUCCGCUGCCGGGGAGAUCCUCCGACAGUUUGCCCAUUUGGAUCGCAACCCCCCGGUAGCAGUGACCUUUCCUGUGAAGCUGAAACAUUUCAAUGGGAAGGUACUCUUCCUGAGUCCCCAGCCUCAACUGCACCUCCAGCAGCUCAACAGUGGCCUGCAGGAAGCCUACAGGAAGGAGGGCUGGCUCCACAGGGACUCCUAUAAUCCACGCUACCACCUCACUCUGGCCAAGGUAGAGGACAAGGAGGGAGAGAGGAUUUUUGAUGGGGUGGCUGACCUUAAGGUGGGGAAGGGUUUAAAUUUUGGCCGUCUGCCAGUUAACACCUUACAUCUUUGUGCCAUGGGUCGUUCCAGAGUGGAUGGGUUUUUUGAGACUGUGUGCACAGUAACUCUGCGAUGAUAAAGGAGCCAGCCAUUUCACAUGCACACACUACAAACAUGUAUGCUAUUAUGUGACAUACGGCUAGGUGCAAUACCACUGAUUUGGAUUUGUAUUGGCCAUGCGGGCUUACCUACCGCAUUUUAUGUCUGCAUUAAAUAUUUUUAAGUUCGAAUUUUUUCAGAGAAGGUACACUUUGUUCUGAAGACGUUUAUAAAUGGGCCUAACGGGCUUAAAGUGAAGCUCAAAUCAAAGCUCUGGGACAGUGGCAAACACCCUAUGUUCAAUUCUACUAAACUGUAUGAAGAUGUUAAAUAAUACAAUAGUCCCACUACACUUAAAUUAUAAUAGGUUUUAAAAUGUAUUUUCCUUGAUGAAUGCAUUGAUAAUCCAUUAAGGGUUUACAUUAUAUGUCAUAUUGACAUUUCAAGACGAAAAAUGUAUCCAGCACAUAAUGCAGGGAAUUCAUAACUCAGGCUGAUACGAUACCUCAAGAACUUGCUGAAACCACAGUUGUUUACUUCACCUGGCUGAACAGAAGAAUGUAAAGACUAAACACAGAUUAAUUGCACUUUUGCACAAUUGCACAAAUUUAAAUACUAUAAAAACCCACAUUUGCUAAUUAGACGUCUUUUACAAUUAGAUCUGAAAUGAUUAGCAAAUCAAUUGAUUAGCCAACAGAAAAUUAAUCUGCAACCAUUUUGACCAUUAAUGGAUAUCAACUAAAAUACCAAUAACUGUCUAGUUCUCGUGUUUGUAUUGUAAGGACAUUCUGCUUUACACCAUUUUAUAUUUCAGUAAACUGAAAAUUUGGCCUUUUUCCAUUGUUGGUUAAACUAAAGAGGCAUUUUGUUGGCAUUACCAACAAUCAUUAGUUACAGCCCUGGGCAAAAUGGAUCCCACCGUAUAAAUCAUGAAGAAAUGUCAGUGUAAUCAUCACCUGCUGUAGAUGUGUACAUGUGUCUAAUCAGCCUUCAGGUCCAGGACGAAACACAUAAUUUUAAAGCAUACUUUUCACCUAGUGAAAAUUAUUAUGAAGGAUGUAAUUGCUCACUUUUCAUCAGCUUUGAGUCUUUUGUUUCACUGGGCACGUAGAGUAGAAUACCUACUUCCUUAAAAUACAAAAUUUGCCUCAAGAAGGAUGAUAAUUUUUUUCCCCUCUAUUUAUUAUCUGGUGGGCAGAAUAAGGUGGGCUGGGCCCAACUUUGGCCCACAGACCUGACUUUGGGUAUCUUUGUAUAUGUGUAUAUCUACUGUUUUCCUGCUAUACAGACAGGACAUAUGCACCUAUCACAUAGACAUAUACAGGAUACAUAAAUUGUUUAUGAGGGGAAAAUAUUGUUUUCCUUACAUCCAUGAAUUUACCAAAGUAGUUGUUUUCUGCAGCUCAUAAUUCCAUGAUUUAUACAAUCUGUUCUAUAUGAAUAUUGUGUGGAGAGUGUUCCACAAGAACGAUUACUUUGUAUGAUUUUGCAGUGAAUUAUAACCACUACAUAGUGAAGGAUAUUAAAUAUUGAAUUGGUUAUUUUAAA